UUGCUUUAGCCAUCAACCCUACAGAAAUAGUUUUCCUCUACAAAUUCUGAUGUUUAAAAUUUGUUAGAUCCAGAAAUAUUUAAAAUUAGUUUAUUAAAAAAAUUCCAUUUCAUGUCUGGGCGAAGGUGUGUCAUCUGUGGCGAGGAGCCACCGGCAAAGGAUGCGCAGGGCAACGAGGCGUAUGCGUAUCCCAAAACAGAGGAGGAGGCCAGGAUCUGGCAGUCCAGCAUGGCGGCGAAGAACUGCUGCCUGGAGAGCAUUCAAAACCAAUGUUGCGUCUGCGUGGAGCACAUUCCCGACUUUGUGAAGCGGGCCAAGAAAAUCGGAAAGAGGCUGCGAAAUCUGGAGCGCGAGAAGGAGAAGCGCCGCCAUGAAAAGAAGGAUGGUGAAGGAUGCAAAUGUCCGGAUGAUGGUAAGCCGGGUCGGGAACGUCCAUCGGUUAAUGUUCUCCUCCUGAAUGGCGCUUCGUUGCCCACGUAUUGCGGCAAGGGACAGUCCUGUGUGGAUUUGAAACCACAACCGGCGGAAGAAGGCGAUUCCGAAUUAAAGAUAACCAAGAGGCUAGAUUCCAAGGAAUCGGACACGGAGAUCUUUGUGCAGGAAUCCGAAUUUAAAGACACCGGCAGUAACUUUCCCGAUAUCGAUGGCACCGAGGUCACCGUUCUCCGCACUCCCAUGCAAGAGGAUGAGCAGCUGGAAGAGGAGAUGCAGGCGCUGCAGGAAGAGGAACAGGAGCAGGAUCCGAGUGUUAGGCGGCGGCGCAACAACUGCCUCCCAGGCUGCACGGAUGUCCUGCUCCUGGGCCGCGGACACCAUGCCACAGACGAGUGUCCCUGCAAAUGUGAGCAGUGCUCGAAGCCUUCCGGCUUGCCACAGGACGAACCCGGCUGUUAUCCAGAAUGCUGUCCCAAAUCCCAUACGGAGUACUUCACCCAACCGCCAUGCGGCUGUGAGUGCGAGCAGCAGGUGCGGCGUGAGCUCACAAAGGUUAUUAAGACUCAGGGUCAAAGAAUUCGGGAGCUGGAGGAGAUACUCUGCCGGCAGAACAAUCUACGCAAUUGUCUGCAGAGAAAGUUGGACGAGUUGUACUGCGAAUUCGGCCGUUUGGAGGAGGAUGAUGAGGGUGAUCGGACGCGAUUAACUUGCCCGGGCAACCAACGUGGUGGCCCUGACUGUGCUGGUGUGUUGCAUCCAGCUCCGACACCAUCUCCCCCAGAGCCGAAGGUGCAGCUUCCCCCAAGACGAAGACUAUCUUAUCGUCGGUCAGUGCUGCGUAAGUCUAAUCGCGAGGUGGACCUGGUUGAAGCAGAAGAGGAGCGGACCGAGUUGGACGAGAAUGGGGAUCGGGUCCACUGGCUCGCGGAGAAGAGAACCCAAUCCGAGAAAUUUACCCAUCGACCUGUGUGGAUAAAUGUGCCAGGGGAGGAGGAGAUGGAGUCGGAAAGCAGGAUGGCGAUUCGAUUUGGAAGGAACAGCACCUACGUGGUUCCCGAGAAGUCAAACCAUUCCAAUUUGUCCUACUCCAUCUCCGAUUCCAGCCACUCCUUGACCAACAGAAAACGCACUUGAUGCGCCAUCCAAUGUCAUCCGUAUCCCAUGUCCCAUAUACGCCUAUGCCCUUUUGGAUCUUUCCGUGCUGUGCAAUCAUGCAAAUACAAAUAUAUACUCUUU